AAUUACGAAUGCUUGAAUUUUGACGAAGGGCUUUCCAGAUUCCCGCUGUGGAUGUUGAAUUUAUGUAAGGAAAUAAAAUGAUAAAGGCGAAGAAGGAUUAGCGGGUCCAGAUUUGGUCGGGAAGGCGGUGGAAGCUGCGCUCUCCCCACUCCACAGUGCACACAUCUCAUCUUUAUCUCAGCCGUACGAUUUAACGGAAAGAUUCACAAGACAUUCACCACACUGUGAGGUUUUCGGAAUCAUUGUUUUGUGGCACAGUCUUAGUUUUUAGCUGGGGAUGAUCCAAAAUUAGGGAUGCGAGUCUGAGGUUUAUCAGUUUCAGUGUAAUUAAUAUUGUGCAUUGUGUAAUACAAAAUUGGGGCUUCGAGGGCCCAGGGCUCUAGGGUUUCCGAUGCAGAUCGAUUGAAGAAACUGUCGGGUUUUUACAACCAUGGAGGAUUUGGAUUCAAAGAAGGAGCGAUUGCAGAAGGCCUUUGUUGAUCUGGAUGAGCACAGAGAAGCUUUAACUAAGUGUACAAUCCAAUGGAAGGAAUUAGAGGAGCAUUUUGCUUCACUUGAGAUGAAUGUUCAGAAGAAGCUUGAGGAUUUGGAGGAGAGAGAAAGAGCUUUUGAGGUCAAGACAAAGGAAACCCAAGAUAUUUUGGAUAAACGCGAGCAAUCUAUUGCUGCUAAAGAGCAGGCCUCAUUAGCUCGUGUGCAGGAACAGAAGGAUGCUGCCCUUGCUGCAAUUUUUGAAGAACGGCAGAAGUUGAAGGAAGAGUCAUGUGAUGGGGCUGAAAAGAAGCAGCCUACAGAUGAAGAUAGUAAAAAGCAAUCAGACAAAGAGAAAGCAAAUGGUCGUGUAAAUCCUGAUGUUCCAUCUACUGAUGAUAGAGCAGAGGUUAAUUCCAAUAAAGAGGCUGGGACAAGUCCCAAAUCGAAAUCAGACGCAAAGGCACAGGCUCAGGUUCGCUCUGAGUUGAAAACCUUGUGUGAAUCUAUGGAUUCUAAGGGGCUUGUUAAGUACAUUGUGGAGCAUAGAAAAGAUGCAGCUGGACUCCGUAGUGAGGUUCCCUCUGCAUUAAAUUCUGCCAUUGACCCAUCAAGGUUAGUAUUGGAGUCCUUGGAGGGCUUUUAUCCGCCUGAACUGAAGUUGCCUGGUAACCAAGGAGACAAAAAAGAGUCUGGACUUCCGGCUCAACGUCGCGCCUGUAUAUUAUUGUUGGAAUCCCUUAUUACAGUUUUGGCAGAUCCUGUUUUGGGUGUCGAACAUCCAGUUGUGCCAUCCAAUAUAAAGGAGCAAGCCAAAAUGAUUGCAGAUGAAUGGAAGUCCAAGAUAGACCUUGAGGGAGAUGCUGCCAAUGGCAAUUCUUUGGAGGCGCAGGCUUUCUUGCAACUUUUGGCUACUUUUGGAGUAGCAUCAGAGUUUAACCAAGAUGAUCUUUGCAAGCUUGUUCUUGCAGUUGCACGACGGCGGCAGACUCCUGAACUCUGUCGUUCCCUUGGACUUGCAUCAAAAAUGCCAGAUCUUGUGGAAACCCUAGUCAAUAGCGGAAAGCAAAUUGAAGCUGUUAAUUUUUCUUUUGCAUUUGGGUUGACAGAAAAGUUCCCACCUGUUCCUUUGUUGAAGGAAUAUUUGAAGGAUGCUAAGAAAGCCUCCCAGGCAAGUAUAAAAAGUGGGAAUAACUCUACUGCUGCACAGAAUGAAGCAAACACAAAGGAGCUUUCAGCUUAUAGAGCUGUAAUCAAGUGCAUUGAGGAACACAAACUUGAAUCUCAGUACUCACCCGACAGCCUUCAAAAACGUGUAGCCCAGCUAGAGAAAGCCAAGGCAGACAGAAAAAGGUCUGCAGGUGCAGUUAAGUCUCAGCCUAAACGCCCUCGUGCUAAUGGAGGAAAUGUUGGUGCUUAUGUGGCUCCUCUAAGUGCAGCUGAAAGAUCUCCAGCUCUGUAUGCUGCAUCUAAUACUGCAGACAGGAGUUUCUAUAGACCCAUGGAUAGAGUCCAGUAUUCUGGUGCAGCUCCAGGUGUUGCUUCCUACAACCUACAAGGUCAGAGUCCUUAUGACAGGUCAAGCCAAGGCAUCUACAGUACAGCCUAUGGCAUUGGAAACAGGAGUCCAGUUUCUCUCUCAAGGUCUUACAUGUAUCCCUCAGAUAAUAUGGGCGCUUCCUUGUUGGGUUCUGGUUCUUACAAUUCAUCUACUAACUAUAGCCAUCAUUUUGGUAGUGGCCUGCCUCCUCCCCCUUCAGCUUAUCAGUCUUCAUUUAUCCAUUAGUUAGCUUUGCUUCUUUAUCUUGUUGAAAAGCAGGCUAUGAAUUAAUGAUGUGCUCAAAACCUUUAGCAUACGGAAGUUAAAUCCCAGUUCUACUUAUCUUUAAGAAUCAAGAAUGAAUUUCAGCUUUAAGUGAGGCAUUCUGACACAAGAAAUUUUGUUUGGCAACAUGUUUGCAUGAUGAAGGAUCUGAACAGUAUUUUAUUUGCUUAAAGGUGUUUUACUACUUUUCUA